AUAUGUUGUGAACAAAAUUGUGACAUGAUAGCAAAUAAAAUUUGCAUGCCUUGCAAUAGCAUAUAUUGUGAAUCAUGUUCAAAGAUACAUCUGAGCAAUCAACAAAAUCAUCAAUCUGCCUUAAUAAUGACUUAUCCAUUGGAAAAAGUAGUUUGCAUACAAUGUAUUGAAAGAUAUGUAGAAGUAUAUUGUACUAAAUGUUCGGAAAUAAUUUGUUCUCUUUGUAAAUUAAAAUAUCACGAGAACCACAAUUUCAAAAUUAUUACCACAAUGGCCAACAAAUCCAAGUUUGAAUUUGACAUAGAGUUAUUUGAAAUAAAUUGGAUAGAAAGAUCAAAUCAAACUAUUGAGAAAUUGACAUCUCAAAAGAUUCAAACUUAUGACAAAAUUGAUAAAACAAUGCAAAAUGAUAAUCAUUUUGACUUAUUAAGCAUUUUGAUCAAUCAAGAUGAAACGGUUGAUAUCACUAAACAUACAAAAUAUGUCGUAAAUCGAAUGAACGUUAAUAGAAGUUAUACUGAUAUUAUGGAGGGAGAAAUAGUGAUUUCUUUGGCUUACAAAGAUGAACAAUUCCUGAGAAAUUUUGCUAAAUUACUUGAAGGAGUUAAAAAUGUUAUUUCAAUAAAAACUGAUAAGAAAAAGUUAACAAAUAAAGCUCUUCAAGUUGAUGAGCCUCUCAAAUCAAGUUCUGAGAUACAGGAUAACAUGGAGAUUGUUGAGAAUAAAAAUAUAGUAGAUAUAAAUUUUGAUAGUCCAAAGUUUAUAUCACUUGCAAUAUGUUGCUGUUGUAAUCAAUUAACAAAUAAUCUAAUACACUGCGUUAAUUGUCAGAGGUUUUAUCAUAAUAAUUGUCAUAUUCCUCCAAUAGAUAAGGAUCUUAAACCUAACCAUCCAUCAUUGAAAAAAUGGAAUUGUACACUUUGUCAAAACAUUGAAACACAUGUCAUUGCAUUAUACAAAAAGGAUUUUACAGAUUAUAAUAUAAUUAAUAAUGCCGAACAAAAACCAAGUGAUCCUGAAUAUAAGUCUGCAGAAGAACUUCAGAUCUUUUUUUAUAGAAUGUUAACUAAUUGGAUACCAAACCUUGACAUUGCGUGUCUACAAUAA